UGAUGGCUUAACCUCUGCAACUAGUCUCCUUGCCAGUAUGUGUGGAAGACAGCAGCUGACUAACCCCAUCACCUCUUCAGGAAACAGCCUCUUUGUGAGGUUUCAGUCUGGCCCUUCCAGACAGAGCAGGGGCUUUCGAGCUCAGUUCAGGCAAGCCUGUGGAGGCCACAUCCUCACCAGCUCUUUUGAUACUAUUUCCUCUCCAUUGUUCCCUGCCAAGUAUCCAAACAAUCAGAACUGCAGCUGGAUAAUUCAAGCUCAACCUCCUUUCAAUCACAUCACCCUCUCCUUUACUCACUUUGGACUUGAAAGCAGCACAUCGUGUACUCACGACUUUUUAGAAAUUUUGGAUGGCGACGACUAUGACGCACCCCUCCGAGGUCGUUACUGUGGCACCUCCAUGCCCCAUCCCAUCACAUCCUUCAGCACAGCCCUGACACUGAGGUUUGUCUCUGAUUCUUAUGAAAAUUCUCAUGGUUUCCACGCUACAUAUGCCGCAUCAUCAUCAGCUUGUGGUGGUAACUUCCACAUGGCUGAAGGCAUCUUCGACAGCCCUGGCUACCCAGAAGUUUAUCCCCAUAAUGUGGAAUGUGUCUGGAACAUUGUCAGUUCCCCUGGCAACUGGCUCCAGCUGUCUUUCAUAUCUUUCCAGCUGGAGGACUCUCCGAACUGUAGCAAAGACUUUGUGGAGAUCCGGGAAGGAAACGCCACUGGUCACUUGGUGGGACAAUACUGUGGAAACUCUCUUCCUCACAAUUAUUCAUCCAUUGUUGGGCAUAUACUGUGGAUCAGAUUUGUCUCUGAUGGCUCAGGCAGCGGUGUUGGCUUCCAGGCCACAUUUACUAAGAUUUUUGGCAAUGAUAAUAUUGUGGGAACUCAUGGGAAAAUCGCCUCUCCCUUCUGGCCUGGAAAUUACCCCCAUAACUCCAAUUACCAGUGGAUAGUAAAUGUGAAUGUGUCUCAAGUUAUCUAUGGUAGGAUCUUGGAGAUGGAUAUUGAAGCAGCAUAUAACUGCUAUUAUGAUAAAUUAAAGAUUUAUGAUGGAGUUGGCAUUCAUUCCCGUCUGAUUGGAAGUUAUUGUGGUAUCCAGACUGAAUCUUUUAUGUCCACUAGAAAUUCUUUGACAUUUCAGUUUUCUUCUGACUCUUCAAUCACAGGGAAGGGAUUCCUUCUGGAGUGGUUUGCAGUGGAUGCUCCUAUUGGACCUUUACCUACUAUUGCUACAGGUGCUUGUGGUGGGUUUCUGAGGACAGGAGAUGCUCCAGUCUUUCUUUUCUCCCCGGGCUGGCCUGAAGACUACAGUAAUAGGGCUGAGUGUACCUGGCUCAUCCAGGCUCCUGGUUCUACUGUGGAACUCAAUAUCCUUUCCUUGGACAUUGAACCUCACCGAACAUGUGGCUAUGAUAACCUUGUGAUAAGAGAUGGAGACAAUGGCAUGGUCCCACAGCUAGCAGUUCUCUGUGGAAGAGAGGUCCCCGGGCCCAUCCGGUCUACUGGAGAGCACAUGUUCAUCCACUUUACCUCUGACCUCAGUGUGACCGGGGCGGGCUUCAACGCAUCCUUUCACAAGAGCUGUGGUGGAUAUUUGCAUGCAGACAGAGGGAUUAUCACAUCCCCCAAGUAUCCAGAGACCUACAUUCCCAACCUCAACUGCUCUUGGCACGUCCUGGUCCAGAGUGGCCUGACCAUCGCUGUCCAUUUUGAACAACCCUUCGAGAUUCCAAAUGGAGAUUCUUCUUGCAACCAAGGAGAUUACCUGGUGCUAAAAAAUGGACCUGAUAUCUAUUCUCCACCCCUGGCACCCCAUGGAGGAAAUGGUCAUUUUUGUGGCAGUCAUCCUUCGUCAACUCUGUUCACCUCAGAUAAUCAAAUGUUUGUUCAAUUUAUCUCUGAUAAUAGUAAUGGAGGGCAAGGAUUUAAGAUCAAAUAUGAGGCCAAGAGUUUAGCCUGCGGGGGCAAUAUCUACAUCCAUGAUGCAGAUUCUGCUGGAUACGUGACCUCCCCCCACUACCCUGACAAUUACCCCCAGCACACUGAUUGCAUCUGGAUCAUAGCAGCUCCUCCAGGAAGGCUCAUAAGGCUGCAGUUUGAAGAUCAAUUCAAUAUUGAAGCAACACCCAACUGUACUUCCAAUUACCUCGAGUUGCGGAACGGAGUUGAUUCAAAUGCACCAAUACUUUCCAAAUUUUGUGGGAUAUCUUUGCCCAGCAGUCAGUUGUCCUCAAGAGAAGUUAUGUAUUUGAGAUUCCGGUCUGACAACAGCCCCACUCACAUUGGAUUCAAGGCCAAGUAUUCCAUAGCCCAGUGUGGUGGAACAGUAACAGGACAAAGCGGUGUCAUUGAAAGCAUUGGACAUCCAACACAUCCCUAUAGAGACAAUUUAUUCUGCGAGUGGCAUCUCCAGGGUCUCUCAGGACACUAUCUCACCAUCCAUUUUGAAGAUUUUAACCUUCAGAAUUCCUCUGGGUGUGAAAAAGACUUUGUGGAGAUCUGGGAAAACCAUACCUCUGGAAAUUUCUUGGGCAGAUACUGUGGAAACACCCUUCCUGACAGCAUAGACACUUCUAGCAAUGUUGCUUUGGUCAGGUUUGUCACAGAUGACUCUCUUACUGCCUUGGGAUUCAGACUGCGGUUUGAAUCUAGCAUGGAAGAGUGUGGUGGGGAUCUGCAGGGCCCUACAGGAACAUUUUCUUCUCCCAACUACCCAAACCCAAAUCCUCAUGGCCGGAUCUGCGAGUGGAGAAUCACUGUGCAGGAUGGAAGGCAGGUCACCCUAACUUUUAACAACCUGAGGCUGGAAGCUCAUCCAUCCUGUGACAAUGAGCAUGUGACGGUGUUCAAUGGCAUUAGAAGUAACUCACCACAGCUAGAGAAACUGUGUAGUAGUGCGAAUGUAAGCAAUGAGAUAAAAUCUUCAGGAAACACAAUGAAAGUUAUUUUUUUCACUGAUGGAUCCAGGCCAUAUGGAGGCUUCACUGCUGCCUACACAUCUGAUGAAGAUGCAGUAUGUGGCGGGUCCCUUACAAAUGCCCCUGGAGGAAACUUUACUUCUCCUGGCUACAAUGGAAUCAGUAAUUACUCAAGAAACCUAAACUGUGAAUGGACUCUCAACAAUCCAAAUCAGGGAAAUUCAUCCAUUUACAUCCAUUUUGAGGAUUUUUACCUAGAAAGUCACCAAGACUGUCAAUUCGAUGUCCUUGAGUUUCGAGUAGGUGAUGCUGAUGGGCCCCUGAUAUGGAGACUUUGUGGCCCUUCACAGCCUACAAUACCAUUGGUUAUACCUUAUCCUCAGGUCUGGAUACACUUUGUCACCAAUAAAAAUGUAGAACAUGUUGGAUUUCAUGCGGAGUAUUCUUUUACAGAUUGUGGCGGAAUACAGGUGGGCGAGAGUGGAGUGAUUACAAGCCCCAACUAUCCGGACUCUUAUGACAGCUUGACCCACUGUUCUUGGUUGCUGGAAGCCCCACAAGGCCACACCAUCACUCUUAUAUUUAGUGACUUUGAUAUUGAAACCCAUACAACUUGUGCUUGGGACUCUGUCACUGUCAGGAAUGGUGGCUCCCCUGGAUCACCCAUAAUAGGACAAUACUGUGGAAAUUCAAACCCCAGGACAAUCCAGUCUGGUUCCAACCAGCUGGUGGUGAUUUUUAACUCAGACCACUCGGUGCAAAAUGGUGGAUUUUAUGCUACAUGGAGCACACAAACUUUAGGUUGUGGUGGAAUAUUUCAUUCAGAAAAUGGUACAAUCAGAUCCCCUCACUGGCCUCAGAAUUUUCCUGAAAACAGCAGAUGUUCCUGGACAGUCAUUACUCAUGAAAGUAAACACUUAGAGAUCAGCUUUGACAACAACUUCCUAAUCCCCAGUGGUGGUGGACAGUGUCAGAACAGCUUUGUGAAGGUGUGGGCAGGAACUGAGGAGGCUGACAGAGCCCUGUUAGCCAUGGGCUGCGGGAACGUGGCUCCCGGCUCCAUCAUCACGCCCAGCAACGCCUUCACCGCUGUCUUCCAGUCUCAGGAGACGCCAGCUCAGGGCUUCUCUGCAUCUUUUGUAAGCCGAUGUGGAGGUAAUUUCACUAGCCCUACAGGUUACAUCAUUUCUCCAAACUACCCAAAGCAAUAUGACAACAACAUGGAUUGCACCUAUGUCAUAGGGGCUGAUCCCCUGUCUGUGGUCCUCUUGACUUCUGUGUCUUUCCAUUUGGAAGCUCACUCAGCCGUCACAGGAAGCUGUGCCAAUGACGGGGUGCACAUUAUCAGGGGUACCAGCUUCUCUUCCACGCCUAUUGCUACCAUGUGUGGCGAAGAGAUCCUAGCGCCUCUCACCAUCAUGGGCCCAGUGUUGCUUAACUUCUACUCAAAUGCACACAUCACAGACUUGGGAUUCAAGUUUUCCUAUAGGAUAAUAUCCUGUGGUGGUGUGUUCAACUUCUCCAGUGGGUUCAUCAGGAGUCCUGCCUAUUCAUAUACGGACUACCCAAAUGAUAUGCACUGUCUGUAUAACAUCACCGUUAGGGACAACAGAGUGAUCCAGCUCAAGUUCAAUGAUUUUGAUGUGGUUCCCUCUGCCUUCUGCUCCAACGACUACCUGGCAAUUUAUGAUGGUUCUAACAUCAGUGAUCCCCUUCUUGGCAAAUUCUGUGGUUCUAAGCUCCCACCGAAUUUUAAGAGCACCAGUAACAGUAUGCUUUUGGUGUUCAAGACAGAUUCAUUUCAAACAGCAAGAGGAUGGAAGGUAUCUUUCCAGCAGACAUUGGGGCCUCAGCAAGGAUGUGGUGGUUAUCUGACAGGUUCAAAUAAUACGUUUGUCUCUCCUGAUUCUGAUUUGAAUGGAAGAUAUGACAAGAAUCUAAACUGCAUGUGGUUUAUAAUUGCACCUGUAAACACACUCAUUAAACUCACCUUCAAUUCAUUUGCUCUGGAGGCAGCAAGUACUUUGCAAAGAUGCAUUUAUGAUUAUGUAAAGUUAUAUGAUGGAGAUAGUGAAAAUGCCAACUUGGCUGGAACAUUUUGUGGUUCCACCAUACCUGCUCCUUUUGUCUCUUCUGGUAACUUCCUUACGGUUCAUUUUGUCAGUGACCUAACUUUAGAAAGGGAAGGAUUUAAUGCUACAUAUACCACCGUGGACAUGCCUUGUGGUGGAACUUAUAAUGCAACUUGGACUCCACAAAAUAUUUCCUCGCCUAAUUCAUCAAACUCAGAUGUCCCAUUUUUCAUCUGUACUUGGGUCAUUGAAGCGCCUCCACAUCAGCAGGUCGAGAUAACGGUGUGGGCAUUACAGCUGCACUCGCAAAACUGCGCACAGAAUUACCUAGAGUUUCAGGACUCACAGGAGAGUAAUGGAAACCAAAGAAUGCAGUUCUGUAGGGGAAAUGCUUCAGCAGUGCCAGCGUUUUAUUCUUCUACCAGAACUGCAAUUAUCAUUUUCAAAUCUGAAGUUUUAAACAGAAACUCUAGAAUGGGAUUUACCUAUAAGAUUGCAGGUUGCAACAGAGAAUAUAACAAAGGAUUUGGCAAUCUAAAGAGUCCUGGAUGGCCAGAAAAUUAUAGCAAUAACAUGAAUUGCACUAUUGUUCUCACGGCCCCAGAGAACCACUCCAUUUCCCUUUUUUUCCAUUCAUUUGCCAUCGAGGACUCAAGUGAAUGCAGACACGAUUUCUUGGAGGUAAGAAACGGAAGUAAUAGCAGUUCACUAUUACUUGGCAAGUAUUGUGGAACUCUGCUGCCAAAUCCUGUCUUCUCCCAAAAUAAUAAACUAUACCUACGAUUUAAAAGUAAUAGUGCAAUUUCCAGUCGUGGAUAUGAAAUCAUCUGGACCUCAUCACCCUCUGGCUGCGGAGGAACUCUUUAUGGAGACAGCGGCUCGUUCACCAGCCCUGGCUAUCCAGGCACCUACCCAAACAACACUCACUGCGAAUGGGUCCUCACUGCUCCUGCUGGGAGGCCUGUCACUGUCAGCUUUUACUUUAUCAGCAUUGACGAUCCCGGAGACUGUGUCCAGAACUAUCUCAUCCUCUAUGAUGGACCUAAUGCUAAUUCUCCAUUCUCUGGACCAUAUUGUGGAGAAGAGGCCCAAAGAGACCCCAGUAAAGGUGCCACACAUCAGAUGUAGAAGCUGACUAAGUCGUAGAUAUUUAAUUGAUAACAUUUCAAAA